AUGAAAUGUCAUUAUAAGGUAUGUAUUUAGAAAGAAAGAAAGAAAGAAGAACCAAAACAAAGAUAAGAAGGCGAUCUAGAAGAAGAAAUAGAUGAAUAAAUUUAGUAGUUAUAAAAGGGAAGAACUAAAAUUAUUAAGGAGGUUUUCGAAAAGUGUAAAGAGAGGGCUGAAAGAAAAAAUUGGAAGCUGAAAAUAAAAAUUAGAAAAAAGGAUCGAAAUAAUUCGUAAAUGACAGGAAGGUCUUUAUUUGUUAACGAUCCUAGUUUGUUUAUUGAUGAUGAUGAAACAGAGAAAGGUUAUGAGAGAGAGGAAUAAAUAGAAAAAAUGAUGAGGAAGAUGAAUAAAACAAUAAAUAAAAAUUAUAUGAAGGGAAUGAAAUUAAUAAUAGGAUGA